UUUAUUUACAUUAAUAAUAAAAAAACAAGACCACAAUUUUAAUAUCUUUUAGAGGGAAGUUGAGAAAUUGAAACAGUAGAGCCCAAUCUUAAUGUUCGAUGUCUCAUGGUCCACAGAGAGACGCACAUGAGAGAUACAUAUAUAAGUACGUGUGGUAUAACACGUAUUUGCGCGAGAGAAUGGUAUGUGUACUAUAGGGGUGAAAUUUAAAGGGAGGGGCUGCUCGAAAAUGGCUGUUAUGCACGGGGUAGGACGUCUAGAAGAGGGCAAGUGACGGUUCAUCCCUGUCUUCCACACUGACCAAUUGACAUUAUUUUACGACAAUUGAUACGGUUACCUAAUCGAUAGCUAUUAUGUGGCGGUUAAGAAGCAAUCUUCGUACUGCUCUUCACCCACCCCCGGAUCUGCGACAUAUGAUUCGCUUCGGGAAAAGAUUGGAACCUUACAUGAAUGAUGUAAGUCAGAAGAGCUAAGCAAAGAAUAAUAAAGUGGAGAGAAAGACAGAAAAGCGAAGAAGAUGUUCGGCUUCGCUUGGAGAUUUCUAUUCCUCUUUUUGCUGGGUACUUGUUUCUGUCUCUGCUCUACGGAUCCUGCCAGAUCUGUGAGAGCCAUUAAGGGACGGUUUCGAACAUCUUACGCUGCAUGGCGUAUCGUGCUGUGUCUGACACAACCACAGGGUUCACUGAAGACAGAUGUACAAAAAGCAUGGGAGAAGGCAAGGCUGGAGUCAUCUCAUGCAGACAUGAACGUGUCUUUCAUAGAGGCACCAGUCAAGACAGAUUCGCUGUCUUAUCCUCUGUCACUGUUAAGUAAAUUCUGUAAUGAAAUAAAAGCUGGGAAAACUGUAUUGAGUCUUAUCAUUGGAGGAGGAUCUGCAGCCAAAUUUCUCGUCACUGCUGCAGCUUCCUUGAAUAUUCCAGCCUUGUGGCUACCAUUUACACACGAGGAUUUCCUUAGACAGGGAAAUAUUGGUCAAUACGAAAGUCGUAUAGGUUCUAGUACAAGGGAAGUGGGAGCAGCUGCUGCUGCCUUGAUGCAUAGAGCAAAUUGGCAUGCAUUCACUCUCCUUAUAGACACUACCUUGCUGCCAAUGACUCAUCUUUUACACGCGAACCAAACGACCUUAACACCUAGAACUAUUAUACAUCUUCCAACGAAUGACAAGACCUUAAGGAUGAGACUCAAAAGAGUUGCCGAAGAGGGUGGCAGUGGAGGAGUCAUAGUGAUGGGUUGUGACUUGAACAGUGCACGAAGAAUCCUAGCUGUGGCUGGUAAAUAUGAAAUGCUUGCAGGAAGAUUUCUGUGGCUCUGGUUGGAUCUGAAAGCAGAACUGAGACCCAAUGAACCAAAUAUAAUCAGUUCUACUAUUAUACACAGCUCAAGAUCGUCGAUAGCAACGAAUGAAAAUCCUUCACCCGUAGAGAGUAUAAACCGAAACGCGAAUCUCGUAGCGGAAAGUCAGUUAUCGUUAAACUCUUUGCCCAGUUUAGCGAACGAUAUACAUCGAUUACAAGAAUAUAGGUGGCAGAGCGAGAGGUCUGUGAACAAACAAGAAGAUAGAAGCUUUAAUUUUGACGACGACGAGGAUAUCAGAAUAAUGGACAAAGAAUUGAAUUCCAAGGAUUUUAUGCCAGUCGGUAUGCUAGCGUUGAGACCCUCUGGUAUAAAAUUGAUGGGUAGUGACACUAUAUUAUCCAGAAUGAUCAGGGAGACCUCUCAGGCGCUGGACGAAACAUUCUUAGAAGUGAAACCCAGACUGAAUCGUUUGGGAGAAGCUCAGCUCGAAGAGAACUUCGUACCAGAAUGCUUUCCAAAAAGUAGCGCCAAAUUUUUGAUGAGCAAAAUGAGGCACAAUGUUUCCAAGACCUUGACUCAGAAGUUAAGAAAUUCCGUGAGUCAACUUUCCAGGGACAAGGCUAAGUUCCAGUUGCUGAACUUACAAGCCAUAAGAUUUCCAGGAAAUAAGACUCAAUUGAGAUGGACGAAAGUCGGCACGGUGAAAGGUGGAAAGGAGGUUCAUCUAGACACGAUAAUUUGGCCAGGAGGUGGAAUCGUGCCAGCGUACCUGGAGCAAGGAGGCGAAAAAAUUGGCAUGCCAAUGUAUCGCAUAGUAACAGCACUGGCACCACCGUUUACGAUGGUUACGAAUCUACAGGAAGGUCUUUGCUUAAGAGGACUGUUUUGUCGUCAAGAAAAUACCUUGAUGUGUUGUUACGGUCUAAGCAUGGACUUGAUGUCCCUGGUGUCUCGUGAACUAGGAUUCCGAUACGACUUGUAUCUGGUAAAAGAUGGCCUGUUCGGCAAGAGAAACGGCAGUACAUGGAACGGAAUCAUGGGAGAACUGGUCUCUGGUAGAGCUCAAUUAGCCUUCGCACCACUCAGCGUGUCUGCUCGUAGAGCAGAAGUAGUCGACUUCACGACACCGUAUUUCUUCAGUGGGGUCAGCUUCCUCACUGCGCCAAAGCUCAAGUCAGAAAUCUCGCUAUUUGCUUUCCUAUUUCCAUUCAGCACAGAGCUGUGGAUCGCUGUUUUUACGUCAUUGAAUUUUACUGCCAUAGCAGUGGCACUGUACGAAUGGUUCAGUCCAUUCGGCCUGAACCCAUGGGGUAGACAACGAAGCAAGAACUUCUCGAUAGCUUCUGCUUUGUGGGUAAUGUGGGGUCUUCUUUGUGGACAUUUGGUCGCCUUCAAGGCACCAAAGUCUUGGCCUAACAAGUUUCUAAUCAACAUUUGGGGCGGUUUCUCCGUUAUCUUCGUGGCUUCCUAUACGGCCAAUAUAGCUGCCCUUAUCGCGGGUCUCUUUUUCCACCCUGCAGUGAGCAAUUAUCACGAUAAAAGUUUACUGUUGCAAAGAGUUGGAGCACCAAGAGCAUCCGCAGCCGAAUACUAUGUACAGAAAGCAAACACACAAUUGUGGUCUCACAUGGCCAGAUAUUCUUUGUCGAACAUCGCCGAAGGCGUGGAGAGAUUAAGAAAUGGUACUUUAGAUAUUCUCAUAGCUGAUACUCCUAUUUUAGAUUACUAUCGGGCGAUAGACGAUGGUUGUCGAUUACAAAAGAUCGGAGACACCAUAAAUGAAGACACAUAUGCCGUUGCCCUUACCAAGGGCCAUCCUUUGAAAGAAAGUAUAUCUAAAGUUAUAGCUAAUUACACGAGCACUGGACUACUGGAUAUCCUGCAAGAAAAAUGGUAUGGUGGUUUACCUUGUAUUCGAGGAAGAGAAGGAAUGGAUACUGGCCUUGACCAUGAACAAGGGGGACAACCCAGACCUCUGGGUGUAGCUUCUGUUGCCGGCGUAUUCUGUCUUCUAGGAAUGGGCGUUGUACUUGGUACAAUUAUUUUAGCUGGAGAACACUUGUUUUACAAAUAUACGUUGCCCAGAUUGAGACAUAGGCCGGAGGACUCUAUAUGGCGCAGCCGUAACGUGAUGUUCUUCUCACAGAAAUUGUAUAGAUUCAUCAAUUGCGUGGAGCUGGUGUCGCCACACCACGCUGCCAGAGAACUGGUUCACACGGUACGACAGGGACAGAUCGCCUCCCUGUUUCAAAAAAGUGUCAAGCGAAAGGAACACGAACAACGUCGAAGGCGCAAAAGUAAAGCUCAGUUCUUCGAGAUGAUCCAGGAGAUCCGGAGAGUCCAACAAGAGGAAAAGAUAGAAACUGUAUCGGAAGAGCAAGAGAAAGAGGAAGAGGAAAAAACUGUAAAAGGAAGAGAAAGAAGCAAAAGCAAGAGCCCUUUGAUGCCCCGAAGUCCAAAGAGAUCAGAGAAAAGCAGAAGUUCGACCAAUUUAUCAAGCUCCAGGCUAGGAUUGUCUCCGAUCAGCCUGGAGGCCCCAAUGAAGCCCAGAGAAUUCACUCUGAGCAGCACUAACCUCAGAGCAAGAAGCCCUUUGGAAACAGUAGGUCGUCGCUUGAGCCACGGAGAUGGAGGAUCACCACCACCGCGUCUAGGCUCUAAUUUCGGUGGCAGUGCAACGCUAAGACCCCUAGCGCCAACGAAAAGCGAUUCCACCGGAAGUACGACACCAACGAUCAAGGGUGAGUCCACUGGGGGAGGUGCUCCUACACCCAGAUACGCGAGAAGUCCUGCAAAACGAGGGCAAUCGUUCCCAGUGUUUGCCACGUUGAGGCCACCACACUCGUCCAGCCAUCAAAUGUCCAAGAGCCCAUUAUUAUCCCCUAAUAAUGAGCUAACUUCCGCUAUCGGACGGAAACUAUCUCGCGAAUGGGGUUCGGGAACUCUAGAUAUCAGCAGGUCUUCCGAAACGGUCGCUGGCGGCUGCUCUUAUACGCUAAACCAGGAGAUGACGUUAUCCUUAGAGCGGCCGUCCCAUGAGAAGAUCCAGAACGAUCCCCUACCCAUCAAGAAGCCUAUAAGAAGAGCCAGAAGCCAUGAGAACAGAGACACCGGCAAGCUGAUGGCCGAUCUACCGUCGCCAAGACUCACCGCUCAACCGGUGGUAGGAGGCCGAUCGGUAAGCGAACGAACGAAAAAGCAGUUAGAGUCCGAAUUGAAAGCGAUUUUAAGUGCCAGAGCCCACCACCGCGACCUUCAUCCCCCUUGAUAGACGACAGGCUAUCUCAUCUAAUUUUAAUAAAGAGACAGAGAGAGUUCUUGCAGAAGUGAGCCAUAAAAGCUUCGAGGAUCGUUGCCUCUGAGGGGCUUUGGUUGAUUUAAGCAAUAUCAGAUUUAUAGGUCAAUUUGUAGAAGAAAAAAAAAUCCGACAAACAGUAAAACAAAAAGAUAUAUAUAUAAAGGAAAAAGUAUAUAUAUAUAGACACAGUGUCUCCGGAGGUAAUUAAAGUGUAACACAAGAAAGGGAUUCUCUCACGAAGAAAGAGUGAAAUCUCUUUAUCUGUUCAUGUUGUUACGUACAUUGAUAAUACUGAUAGAGUAUGUUGAUAAAAAAAUGGAAAAAAAGUGCUAUAAAACUUUAGUAGAUUGUCUUAACGAGUAGCGACUUAAAUGAGUAACUAAAGUAUUUUCUUGUUGGCAUUUUAACUCUACAGAGGCUGUCGGUCUGGGCGAGUCUCUCUUAAAAUUAUAAUAUGAUUAUUAGAUAUCGUACACUGCCGUAUUUCUCAAAUUCCUUUUAAUCAUUCGUAGAUGACUCAUCGACAUCUUUCAGUUUGCCAUCUGAAACAAAUUGGUGAUGGAGAUUCGAACGGCCGCAUAAGACAAUGGCAUAUAUUAAAGUAGGAAGAAUCGACAAUGAAUAGAAAUAAGUGAAAGCUGAGAAUCGCUGGUCUACGGAAUUUUGCUGACUCACAUACUGCCAUAAACCUUCUAGUAUUUCUCUCAUGGGAGGAGAGAAAAGGAGAGACUCGCCCGUAGAACUCUCAGCGUAGAAUGACCAUUUACUAAAAGAAAAAAAUACAUAAUCUUAUUAAAAAUUAUCUCAUUCAAAAUAAAAGAAUGAAUAAUAAAAUAUAUUGAAAGGCGGACGAAAUUUUAAUCGGACGAGUCACUUUUUUACCGAAAGCUGGUAUACCAUUAUAUGGAAUGAAAUUCUAUCAGCAAACAUUUAACGACGAUAAUUGUAUGCACACAUUAAUCAUUCUAUUUGUAAUUUCAUUCACUGAUAGUGGAAGAAAUCGUGUGUUUACUGUGCAAUAACCUUCCACCAAUUAUUAGACUGAUAGGUGAAGAAAAAUUUAUGCAGGAAUUGCACACACGCAUCCACGGAUCAUUGGAAUUGAACACGCACAUAUAUACACUCUCUAUCUCAAAAUGUUCUUUUCCUCUUCCUUUAUACUUUCUUCUUCCUUUUUUUCGUCAAACUGAAAAUGAAGGACACGCACAUAUAUACACUCUCUAUCUCAAAAUGUUCUCUUCCUCUUCCUUUAUACUUUUUUUUCCUUUUUUUCGUCAAACUGAAAAUGAACUAUCAUCGUUCCAACUUGAUCCCAACUACCCAAACUUAGACUGUUAGAAUGAAUGUGUGGGACUAAAUUAAUUGAAAAUAAUUGAUGAGCGAGGCCUUAGGAGUAGUCGAUCCGCCCAAUUCUUUACUUACGGAUAUAGCGUUUAAUCGUAUUAUCGAGCAAUUCGCUAUAUAAUUAUAAAUUAUACAUAGAGGAUAGCGAUUUAGUUUCAUAGUUUUCUCGUUAGGCACUGUAUCCGACACUCGUAACUGAAAUUCUUGAAAGUCUAACGAGAUAGAGACUCUCACAAAUGCAUGUUAGUUAUCAUCCUUGAAAUUCAAAAAUACAUUUCACUAAAUUCAGACUAUGCUUCAGAGACUCUAUAAGACAACAUAAGUUGUUCGCAGGCUGACUACAUACAACUACUGAAUCCUCAAUCUGAUGUAUAACAAGUGUAACUUCUACCAAUGAAAGUGUCCCAACUUACAAGUAACUACAUUUGUUUUACCAUUUACACUGUCAGCACCUACAUGUUUACACCUGUCAUUUUUUAGCUAACAGACUUUCGAGAAUAUUUCAUACAUGAUGAUGAGGAAACAAAGACAAAUAUCAUUGUGUUACAAACAAUAAAGAUAAUUUCCAUAAAUUUCUUUCAAUUGAAUAACAAAGAAAAACGACUGGCUUGCUUGCAAUAGCAGAUUCAGGAAGUAAUCAAAAUACAAAGAUAUAGGGGGCCAGUUUAGAGUCACCCAAGCCUAACUAAAUCAAAGAUAGACUUAUUACAUUAAUUAAUAGCUGUAACAUUCUUUAAUAAGUGGGUUCUGCCGGUAAUUUAGUUCAGUAGUGAUCAUAUAUAUUCUUUUCUCCAAUUUAUUCCAAAAUGCAUAAAAAAAGAGAAAAAAGAAA